GACGCGCAUCCCGGCGCCGCUUCCAGCCCUAGCUGCAGUGAUUCCGCAAUGGAAUCCAACCGGGAUGAGGCGGAGCGCUGUAUCUCUUUGGCUGAAAAUGCUAUCAAGAACCAGAAGAAGGAUAAGGCGCUGCGCCUCCUUGAGAAGGCCCAGAAGAUGUUCCCCACGGAGCGAGCGCGGGAGCUGAUUGAUUCCCUUGUUCAGAACGAACAACCCAACAAUGCAGAGUCCAACAACACGGAGCCUUCAAACCCUCGUUUGCGGAAGACUGCAGCUGACUCCACACCCACUGCCAACGGAGAGGCCGGAGGGGAGACAGGCAAGAGUUACACCCCAGACCAGCUGGAUGCAGUGAAAAGAGUAAAGCAAUGUAAAGACUACUAUGAGAUUUUGGGAGUAACCAAAGAUGCAACCGAGGAAGAUCUGAAGAAAUCGUAUCGUAAAUUAGCUCUGAAAUUUCACCCGGAUAAAAAUCACGCCCCAGGAGCCACCGAAGCAUUUAAAGCUAUUGGGAGCGCAUACGCAGUGUUAAGCAAUGCAGAGAAGAGGAAGCAAUACGACCAGUAUGGAGAGGAGAAGGUCAGUGCUUCCCGACAUGGUCAUUCUGAUUAUCACAGAGGAUUUGAGGCGGACAUUUCACCUGAGGAUAUCUUCAAUAUGUUCUUUGGUGGCGGCUUCCCUUCUAGUAACGUUCAUGUAUAUAGCAACGGCAGAAUGCGCUACACAUACGCACAGAGACAGGAGAGGCGGGAGCACCAAGGAGACGGAAGCCUGGGAAUGUUUGUUCAACUGAUGCCUAUUCUGAUCCUGAUCAUUGUGUCUGCUCUGAGCCAGAUGAUGGUCUCUACACCCCCUUACAGCCUCAGCCAUAGACCGUCUGUGGGGCACGUGCACAGGAGGGUCACUGAGCUCUUGAAGGUUCCUUACUAUGUAUCCGAUAGCUUUGAGGAGGAAUACACUGGAGCGAACAUGAAGAAUGUGGAGAGGAGCGUAGAAGAGGAUUAUAUCGCCAACCUGCGCAACAACUGCUGGAAAGAGAAACAACAGAAAGAGGGGCUGUUGUACCGGGCGCGUUACUUUGGAGACUCAGAUCUAUACCAGCGAGCACAAAAGAUGGGAACUCCCAGCUGUAACAGACUGUCACAAGUCCAGGCCUCCAUGCAUGGCUAGUGUCACUCAGCACAGGUUUCCGGCAAUACCGUUAAGCCAAGAGGACUUGCUAACACCCUAACCCUUUGUUGGCAGAGGGACUUUAGCCGAGUCCUCUGACAGUUUAGGGGUUAGGUCUAACCAUGACGGAGCACUGCCCUUAUGAUGUCAUCCGGCAUUAACUGCAAUAGGACGGAUGAUGAAGCUGCUGACCCUCACUCUGUUCCCUGUGUUUUCCAUAGACGAGCCCCAUCUACUAAAUUACAGUGCGCAGAAGUCAGGAGCGACGCUGCUGCGCACGGCUGGAUCUGCCCAAACUGUGGCCUGAAUAUUUCUUCAAACUGAACUGAAAUCAGAAGACUUUAGAACAAAAAUAAAUCUAUUUAGAAUUAAUUUAUAGCUGUAUAUAUGUUGUACUUUUAAACAGAAUAAUUUGCCGAUAUUGGAGAAAAUCUAUUUAGCCGAUUUCUGCCCUACAGAAUAAGCUGUUAUGUGAAUCUUCCUCGUGUGGGGGACGGAGCGUAUCCUCGCCGUGUCUUUAUAUAUAUAUAAAUAAUUGCAUCUGACUUAAUAUAUUUAAUAAAUCUAGAGACUCUU